AUGCAGUGGUCAGUUAACCCAUUCCCCCCGUCUCUAUAUGCUGAGUUGGACAUGCGUCCACUGACUGGGCUUUUGUGGACUCUGCUGCUCCUCUUUCUUUGGUACUGUUAUCGGAUGGGCUCUGACCUUCCUACCCCGCGCCGAGUGCACCCCAGCAAACUCAUGUCUGGCUGCAGGCACACCAUGCUGUCCAGCACUGGAAGCAAGCGCAGUGCAGCAUCCAAGUUUUCAAGAACUGAUCGUGUCACCCCGUGUAUUUCAAUGGAAAUGGGGGAGGAUGAGGAGCAGGGACGGGACUACCUCCAUCCAGUGCUGAGUCAUCCCUUGUUCCCAGUCCAGGCAUCUGAAGAAGGCAAGAGACGUUAUGCUGCACUGCAAGAGUAUGCCAAGCGCUACAGCUGGGUGGGCAUGGGGCGAAUCCACAAGGGACUCCGAGAGCAGGUCAGGCUGAACAACUAUUCUACUAUCCAGAAGCCUCAUCUUUUCUUCCUCCCAGAUGUCCCAAGCAUCCCCUUCUUCCCACGGGAUGCUCAUCGGCAUGACAUCGAGGUCUUAGAGGCCAACUACCCUGUAAUCUUGGCAGAGUUCAAGGCUGUUUACCAGAGAGGCAUUGACCCAAAAUUAGGAUGGACGUAUCAUGGACCAAAGGGCCAGGCAGUGUUUCCCUUGUACAGAGCAGGCGUCUGUGUCGCAAGCAAUUGUCGCUCCUGUCCCUACACCUACCGGACACUCCUCUCCCUACGUACGUUCAUAAGCAGUAACACCUUGGGAGCAGCUGGAUUCUCCGUUUUAGUGCCCGGGGCCACAUUGGGGGGAUCAUAUGGGCCCACCAAUACAUGUCUACGCUGUCAUCUUGGCCUGCAGACACCUCCCCUUUGUGAGCUGGUUGUGGGAGGGGAGCCUCAGUGCUGGUCGGAGGGACACUGCCUCCUGGUGGAUGACUCGUUCCUUCACACCAUCUCUCACAAGGGACUGCCAGAAGAUGGGCCACGAGUCCUUUUCAGCGUGGACCUCUGGCAUCCCAACCUGGCUGCAGCAGAGCGACAAGCGCUGGAUUUUAUUUUCAGCCCUGAACCCUGA